GGGGGCCUUCAAUCUCUCUUUCCGUCGUACCCGCCAUCUUGUUUAGACCGGGGUAAUCAGGCGUCAUGACUAACACCAGAGGCAAGAGGAGGGGGACCAGGUACAUGUUCAGCAGGCCAUUCCGCAAACAUGGCCCAGUCCCUCUGUCCACAUAUAUGCGCAUCUACAAGAAAGGAGACAUUGUAGACAUCAAGGGCACAGGUACCAUUCAGAAAGGUAUGCCUCAUAAAUGCUACCACGGCAAGACAGGACGUGUCUACAACGUAACCCAGCAUGCUGUCGGCAUCAUUGUCAACAAGCAGGUCAAAGGCAAGAUUCUGGCAAAAAAGGUUAAUGUGCGCAUCGAGCACAUCAAGCACUCGAAGAGCAGGGACAGCUUCCUGCAGCGUGUCAGAGAUAACGAGCGCAAAAAAAUGGAGGCCAAGCAAAACGGCACCUGGGUGGAGCUGAAACGCCAGCCUGCUCCUCCACGUGGGGCUCACUUUGUCAGCACCAACAAAAAUGAGCCGCAGCUGCUGGAGCCCAUCCCUUACGAGUUCAUGGCAUAAAGUGCUUAACGUAAUAAAGAUAUUUGUACACAUG